CGCAAAAUUUUAAGUUUUUCCCUCGAAUUGUGAACUUUUUGCUUCCCGAAUGAGAUUGACGACAUAUUCCGUUUAAAUUACAGAUUUUUUAUUAAAAAAAUAGAAGCAAUUUUCACAACCGAUUGAUCGAAAUUUUUAAUAAAAAAUGUAUAAUUUUAAUGCAAUGUGUUGCUGUCCAAAUAGACGCUGUAACUGCGCCUUCUGUUGCCGCCAUAAUAUGGUAACAAAUACGAGAAAUAGAUGUGAAUGCCGAAAUUAUACCAGCGAAAUGAGUCAGGAGUCCAUCAAAAUAAUACAUAACAUUUCGACUAAGCAAAAAUGGCAAGAGGAUGGUGCCACGUCAAGUGUCACGUCUCGGACAGGAUAUCCGUACUGUUUAACACACUGCGAAUGCCCAGCAAAUAAUCGAGUAGAUGAGAGAGGAGAGGAGACUAUAUCGGCCAAUGGCUCUGGGCUAUUGACGCCAGUUGGAUCUGUUGAAGCAUCAAAUAAAUCUAAAGUCUCCAUGUCAUCUAAAUCGGCCGCAGUGCCUGCUCAGGUUAGCUCAGGUCCGAUGACAAUCCCAAGCGAAUCUAUGGAUGGUCCGAGAAGUGCCUCGGUGUCUUCCAAGUCGCCAAGGGAAUAUCAAAGAGACAGCAAAACAGAGACAACGUCUGAGGUGUUAUCGCCAAUGGGAUCAAUUAAAUCGAAAGCCUCUGUAAUGUCUAAGCCGGCGGGGGAGGUACCUCAGAGUAGCGCUGUCCGCACUUCAGGCUCAAGUCAAAAAAGAGACUCAGUGACAUCCAAAUCUCUAAGGGAAUAUCCAAGGGGUAGCCAAACGGACGCCGUUUCGAGGGAAGGCUAUAAAUUGCCUACGCCAACAGGAUCCAUUGCAGGGCCAAUUAAAAGUAAAGCCUCUGUGUCAUCUAAAACGCGCGGAGAGCUUGCUCAGGAUAACUCUGGUAGAUCUUCUGGAUCUAAAAAGUCCUCUACGGAUAGCUCAAAGACGUCAUUACCUUUGGAAACGAUUGGUGGUUCACCUAAAUCUAAAGCCUCAGCAUCGCCCAAAUUAAGUCGAAGAGUCAGCAAAACGAAGGAUGCUUCGCGAGAUGGCUCUAAGCUUUUAACGCCAAUCGAUUUCACAACAACAUCAACUAAAUCAAGAGUCUCUGCAACGUCCAAAUCGCCGCGAGAGGCAACUCCAGUUAGCUCCGCACGCAGCUCAAGGUCUACUUCGUCAUCGAAGAAUGGAGCAAAGCUGGGGUCUCCGGCUAGGCUAAGUCUAUCAUCACCCACCGAGUUAAGUCCCAGGCAUUCAAGGUCCACUGCGACUUCUAAGAAUGGGGCAAAACUGCAAGAUGAUUUCAAAUUGGGGUCUCCGGUUAGGCUAAGUCUAUCAUCACCCCUCGAGUUUACUCCACAGCUUUCAAAUGAGCAUAGUCCUAAGUCGAAAUUGAUCAGAACUGCUGCAACCGGAGCAAUGUCAAACUCAUUGGCAACAAGCUUUAAAUGUCCUCCAUCCUGUUCCGUGGACUAUAAUUAUCUGAAAAAACUAAUUGCACCGUUAGAAAGAAAUGAAAGAAAACAACAGCCAACCAAAAUCCCAAAACUGGAACCUACCAAAGGUGAGAAGGUGUUGGAGAAGGUCAAGCCAAAGAGGAAGUUGAGGAAGUCGGUGAAGCGAAAACGACCACCUCCUGAAGCCCAAUCCCCAGUUGUUUCUGAGUCGAAGCUCGAGCAAAACCAAAACCAAAACCAAAUCCAAAAUCAAAACAACAAUGAUAUUUGGUUUGACUGCAAUGUGCCCAUACGCGUUAGUAUACCCACAACAGUAUGCUUUGGAAACAUUUGGGAUCUUUUGCCGUGCACUUUGAUGAAUAGCAUGAAUAGAAGCUUUUCCAAAAUGGGUAGCAUAACAGAAACACAGCCCGAUCCCGACAUCAAUGCCUUGGUCAAGUCAGGUCACAACCUGCAGCAGGCUGCAGCAAGGACACCUCCAUCACCAGCUGAACCCUCUUGUAAGUUGUGCAUAACAAUGCGUUCCAUGGGCUAUGGCCCGCCUAUGCUAGCGCCUGUACUCGUCCCGGUGCCGUCUCCUCCAGAACCCGUGCAGCCACAGUGCCUUAAAAAUAUAAACCAAAUGAGCAAAAUGGUUCAGGUGUCGCCUACUGCAGAGCCCGGGCAGCCACAGUGUCUGGAAAAGAUAACCCAAAAUAGCCAAAUGGUUCAGGUGCCGUCUUGCGAAGAGCCCGUCCAGCCACAGGCUCUUGCCAAGAUCCCCACAAAGAGAAAGGUGAUCAAACAGAAGAUAAUGCCAUCACAGCUGAAAAUGUGCAAAAUUUGUUCCCCAACACAAACCACGCCAAAUAAUUCCAAUUCACAGUAUAGCAGUGAUAAUUCCAAUAGUAAAUAUUCGAUGUGUAGCAACAAUUUGUCUGGACGAAGAGCUCCACCAAACUCGGCUUUUACGUUGGCAUGCAAGAGAGCAGGCGCCAAGCGCGAUGGGUUGACUGCCAGUAGGGAGAAUGACAUAAACGAUGCCUUUAACAGAAAGCAAUUAUAUCAAAAUCGUUCGCAAUUUAAAAACAUAGCUACCUCCCCUUUACUGCCGUGCAGCAGAGUAACAAUGAGGUAUAGAACUCCACCCGAGUCAGAGAUGUCGCUCCAGCGCGAGGUUACCAAACGGACAACAUCGAAGACCCUCUCCUGGAAUACCAAUGCACACAAACCCGUCGAACACGAUACCUUCUACUUUGACGAUGCUCCCAUUUGCGAAAGUUAUUCCGAAAACAGCCAAUUCCCUUUAUUCAACAAUGUAUCGCAGUUAUCAUCUCAAUUGGUGGAACAAAAACAAAAUUGCUACAAUUAUAGAGACUUUCAGGAUCUGGAGCAGGAAAGCAAGGCAAAAGCAAAUACAAGAAAGAAAUGUGUGCGCAGUUCCAUGGCUGGUUUACCACCAUUAAGGAAUUUUCUACCUUCUAUUCAGGGUAAUUGCAACAACAGCAUGGUUACUUUUGAAAGUUCUAUGGACCCUAACGAGAAGAGUAUGCCGAGUUCAAUGUAUGAUUAUUCAAUCACGGAUGGUACGGAAAUGGAAUCAGCACAGAGCGAAUUCGCGUGUAACUGCAAAUCUUGUCGAAGAACCUACCAGGAUUCGACCUCAGAGCAGACCAUGGCGAGUUCAUUCAAUAGGGAGGAUCCUAAAACCUAUUCGGAUAAGUCAACCUGUGUUCGAUCGUAUAUUCCGAAUGCUGUAGCUCCAAGCUGUGUGCAUCAAAAACGAAGCAAUACCAAUCGUCCACAAGCGAAGCUUGAAAGUAUAAAUUCCCUGCCGAUGCAGUGCACAGAACCAUCGAAAGAUACCGAGUUUGAAACCAUAUCAAUAGAGACACAUGCUCUUCAAGAUCUGUUAGCUUCCAUUCGAGUGCCAGCUUUAGAUGAUGAACAGAGCCAAGCUCCAAUGCCCCAAUGUGUUUGUUAUAAGAAUAAAUAUGACCCCAAUAGCCGAGUGGACAGAGUCGAUGAACAAAAAUCCAAUGCAACCGAUGAAAUCAGCAUUAAAUGUUCAAAGACUGAUAGAAAACGAAUUCCUUCCCCUUCAACGAACAAAAUAUCCGAGAAUUCGCCGCAGGCAACUGCCACAGCUAACAAAUCCUCCGAAGAGUCGAGGAAACUGUUAGCUGAUCUGGCCAACACUAACAGCUCGAACUGUAGGUCCAGGCUAUCCAUUACCCAAAGCAUUUUAGAACUUAUUAUGGAGGCAAACAAAAGGCGUUUCAGUGGUACGAAUGUGGCGAAGACAAUGCCAUCUCUUAGUGCCUCGGACAUCAGCACAUACUCCGUUCAUAUAAGGAAGUGCUCGUCGCCCCAAAUACAAGAACUAGCCAGUGAGAAGAGCUUGAAUAAAUCAAUGAAUAGUGCUCAAGAUUCCACACUCGAUCAAGUGCAAGAUCAUUGCACAACCGCAACCUGCCCCAAAUAUCUGAGGAAUAAAGAAUCAAAUAUUGAUUCACGUAAAAGGCCGUACGCUUAUGGCCCAAUAAAUGACAAGGUGCGUCGAAAGAAUCUCAAAUUGUGUCUCUUGAAACAGGACGACAGUAAAUUUCUCCCAACCUUGGAGGAAUAUAAGGUGACGGCGUACACACGCGUUUCCAAGAAAUAUUCCUUUCAAAAAGGAGGCAGAGAUUUCGAGUGCGAUUCGAAUGGCAAUUUGAAGCUGCAUCGUUUAAAUGAAACAAAUAUUGCUAAUAUAAUGGAAGAUCUUAAGAAAUUUUGUCAUCGUAUGCCCACGAAGGGUAGGGGCAGGCCCAAAAUGCCGGUUGUACUGAUGCCUUUUCAGCAGCAAGGCAAUCGCUUUGGGACAAUGAUCACCAUAUGCCAACCAGAUGAAUGGCGAGAAAUCGAAUUGUCACUGCCAAGUAUUCCGGGCAAACGAGUAGCCAGCAACAAAUCGCCAUGCGGCUUUUGUCGACCAACUCAACACUGCACAGAUCUUUCCCAGCCAGCUGAGGAGUCAGUUGUUUGUCCUAAGCGCUCAAAUAAAAAGAAAAUAGUCGGGGGAGCAAAGUCCAAUCGCCAAAAAGCCGAAGACGAAGCCAAAGCAUUCAUAAGAGAUAGGCUAAACCGCUCUCAAUCACCGAAAACUGAAACGCAUAGAGAACAAAAUCGUACAGAAUAUAAGAAACCUAUAAAGUCAAAUCGUGUUCCACAUCCCAAAAGAGACGUGCGAGACACUCAUGUUCCCGAGACGUCCCACAAGGCAAGAGUUACUUCAACCCGUUUUGAGUCCCAUAAAAGAGGCUCCCCUCGCACCAAUGAGAGACAAGCUAAUGGAGCACAGGUCAAUCAUCGCGCAUAUACAGUAUCUGUAGCUGCCCGACAGCCCAAAGGCCAAUUUACGGCGCCUCGAUCCGAAUCUACUAAAAACGGCGAUUCCCGCCCAGUUGCAAGACAACCCUGUCGACCACAGAAUAAUUACAAGGAACCUGGAGUAAGGUGUAUUUGUUGUAGGUGUAAUUGUAAGACUGCCAUUAAAACCAGAGAUGCUUUAAAGUGCUGUGGAGGACGUCCUCCCACUGACAGACAAGUUCAGACAUCAAAGAAUAAUCGAGCACAACCUGAAAAAAAGGUAGCCCCCCCUAGCCCCAGAGACGACAUCAAAGCAUUCCCAGAAGCAAAAACUAUUUCCAAUCGUCCUGAAGCUUCCGAAAGAGAUUAUUCUCGCACAGACGAGGGCAUAGCACAAAAUAAUGAAAUGGAACCUGAAGUUUUGGUAGAGUUGAAAGCUGUUUCGCCAGAGCUGAAAGCUGCCCCAAAGACAAGAAGUUAUUCCAAUCGUUCUGAAGCUUCUGAAAGCGAUUAUUAUCGCACAGACAAAGGUCAACCUCAAAAUAAUAAAGUGGAAUCUGAAGUUUCUUUAGAGCUGAAAGCUGACCGAAGUAAUUCCAAUCGAUCCGAAGCUUUUGAAAGCGAUUAUUAUCGCACAGACGAAGGCCAAGCACAAAAUAAUGAAGUGGAAUCUGUAGUUCUAGUACAACUGAACCCUGCCCGAAAGUCAAGCAGUAGUUCCAAUCGUUCUGAAACCCCAAAAAAAGGUUAUAUGCGCACUGAUGAAAGCCACGCCAGUAAAUCAGAGAAAAGUCGUCUAAUAGCAAUAGAUUUCAUUCAUCCCGAAUACAAAUUCGAAGCGCCGCCAAAGCAAGAAUUUAUCCCAUACAGUUCCAGCAAUGAAAGCAAAGUCGAGUCUCCGGAAAUGGGAAGCCGUAUUAGUUCGGAGGUAAUAUAUUGCACAAGGAAAACAUGCCCAUCGAGGUGCCGCAGGUACACACAAUACAACAAUCGGAAUGUGCCUGAGGUAGAGUAUAAGGACCAGGAAUUUAUUCCAAACAGUUCCAGCAAUGAUACAAAGCAAUCAUAUAGAUCACGUUCCAAAGUCGAGUCUCCGGAAAUGGGAAGCCGUAUUAGUUCGAAGGUAUGUUAUUGCACAAGGAAAACGUGCCCAUCGAGGUGCCGCAGGUACACACAAUACAACAAUCGGAAUGUGCCUGAGGUAGAGUAUAAGGACCAGGAAUUUAUUCCAAACAGUUCCAGCAAUGGUACAAAGCAAUCAUAUAGAUCACAUCCCAAAGUAGAGUCCCCGGAAAUGGGAAGCCGUUUCAGUUAUUGCAUAAGAAAAAAUUGCCCUAAGAGGAGCCGCAAUAGGAAUGUGCCUGAGGAAGAGUAUAGAGUGCAAGAUUUUAUCCCAACCAGUUCCAGCAAUGAAACAAAGCAAUCAUAUAGAUUAGUUCCCAAAGUCUCGUCCUCGAAAAUCGGAAGCCAUAUCAGUUCGAAAGUAUGUUAUUGCACAAGAAAAAAGUGCCCAUCGAGAUGCCGCAUGUACACACAAUACGACAAUGGGAAUGUGCCUGAUGAAGAGCAUAAAGAAGUCGUCGUACUUAUGGAAGUGCGCCCUUUGCGCAGCUCCAGCUUAAACGCACCGCGGAAUGAACCCUUAUCUCCAUACAGGCAUAGAGCGGUUGUUCCUGAAAAUAGGGGCCAAAUAUUAUAUGAUUUGAGCCGAAACUUCGACGUGCAACCUUCAGCAAAUUCGACGUCCUUCGAUUAUUCAAAUCGGUCGGUAGAGCAGCAGCAACAACAACAACAGCAGCAGCAAUUCUUAUGGGAUCGACAGAACCGGUAUCUCAGUGAAUUGCAAAAUUUUGCACCGCCACAGAUGCAACCACUGCCGUACCAACAGAGCUUUAGUCAAAACAAUGGCCGUACAAUAUUGCUGCAGGACUUCCACCCAACACAACAAUAUGACGAACAACAGCAGCAGCAGCAGCCACAGUUCCAGCCACAGCCUCAGAUCCAGCCACAGCCACAGCCACAGUUCCAGCCACAGCCUCAGAUCCAGCCACAGCCUCAGAUCCAGCCACAGCCUCAGAUCCAGCCACAGUUGCAGCCACAGCCACAGCCAUAUCAGGAAUACGUGCAGGCUGAUGUUGAGCCACAAAUGCAAUAUGUCGAGGAAGCGGAUAAUGUUGAGCCUCAGUAUUUGAAUAAUUUCGAAGCAAGCGCAGCAACAAAUGAUGCAACAAUGCCGCCAGCAGCACCAGCUGUGAUGAUGCCAAAACUAAUCAACCGGGCACCAGGGCAAUGCUACCCAGAUAGAUGCUGUCAAUAUCAGAGAAACGCCAGAGCUUUGCGCGAAGAUAUGUACCAGCAAACCCUGGCCAAGUAUGGCAUAAUGCGGAUGCCAGGCGAUUGCCCCAGUUCCAGGGCGCGAUGCUGCGUUUCAGACUGUCCGCGUCCAUGCACUGGACAAGAAAAGGGGCAUCAGAAGCAGCAGCAUCAGUUGAGGAGAAAUCUGUAAUAAAUCUUUCCAAAUGCCCAAUUUAUCAGUUUAA